AAGGUUAUAAAGCUGGAAUAUUAUUUCAAAGGGAGGAUUUUCUGUAAACGGAAGCUGAAACCGAUUUAGAAGCGUUGUGGCGUGUUGCUUAGGAGUGUUGAUGGAAAGCCGUCUUGGAGUCGUGACGUAAUAAUUUCCCUUGCAAUUCUUCCAUACGGAACCUUUACACGAAGCGGUCCUCGAUCAGCGCUGACUUCGACAAAUAUCAAACUACUCAACUCUUUGUAUAUAAAUCGAUUCUGACUCUAAUCGGAUGUUAAUAGGAAAGUGACAAUGGCUUGGACAGCGAUGGUUGUGACUGUGGUAUUUCUUGUAUGUGUUGUGAACGGCGAUAAUGAAGAUUAUGACCCAUGCAAAGCAGACGGGAUUAUUCAAGGUGACAUAGCAACGAACAGACGACAAAUGAGAACAAGACGAGCUGCGACAGCAGACAGGAACAGAUUCUGGAAGGAUGGAAUGAUCCCCUAUGACAUAGAGAUCGACUAUACAGGGGAACAGAAGGCCACCAUUCUACGUGCCAUGCGACACUGGGAAAACUUCACGUGUCUGUCAUUCAUUGAAAAAUCCGAUCAGGACGAUGACUAUAUAUAUUUCCACAACGGACGCUGCGGGUGCUGUUCGUUUGUUGGACGAAAAGGGAAUGGGCGCCAAGGGAUUUCUAUUGGUAAAAAUUGCGAUAAAUUUGGCAUCGUGGUGCACGAGAUUGGUCAUGUGGUAGGGUUUUGGCACGAACACACACGGCCAGACCGACAGGAGUAUGUUACGAUAAUCAAUGAGAACAUCAAGAAAGGCGAAGAACACAACUUUCAAAAGCUUACAAAUCGAGAUAUUGACUCACGGAAUGAGGACUACGACUAUGGGUCCAUCAUGCAUUACGGCAAGUAUACUUUCUCAACGUCAAAAAACCACGUGACAAUACUUCCCAAAAGAAAUCCGUUUUCCAGGAUGGUACCAAUCAUUGGUCAACGAGAAAAGCUUAGUAACGGAGACGUACGACAAACUCAUAAGAUGUAUAGAUGCCCGGAGUGUGGACGCACGCUGCAAGAACCCAAAGGAUCCUUCACAUCCCCUGGGUAUCCUAAGCCAUACUCCCAAAACAAACACUGUGAAUGGCGAAUCUCGGUUACCCCUGGAGAGAGAAUCGUCUUGAAUUUCACAAAAUUCAACCUGAGAAAAGCCUCUAGUAAUCGCGGAUGUAAGCACGAUUUCCUGGAGAUCAGGGACGGCCAUGGCCGGAAGUCAAAUUUGAUUGGUCGAUAUUGUGGCAAGAAGUUCCCACCAACAAUAUGGUCAACCGGAAGUAGACUGUGGAUUAAAUUCAAGUCCGGAAGUUCUGAGAUUAAACCCGAAUUUGGUUUUGCAGCCAAGUAUGAAAAACGUAACGAAUGUAAGGUUAACAAUGGCGGCUGUUCUCAAAUCUGUCGUAACACAUUAGGACACUACGAGUGUGAAUGCUAUCCUGGUUUUGAACUUCAUUCCAAUGGUAAAGACUGUGAAGCUGCAUGUGGUGGAAUCCUGUCGGAUCGUAACGGGACGAUAAUGUCACCCAGUUAUCCGGCAAAUUACCCAAAGAACAAAGGAUGUACAUGGCAAAUAACAGGACUCAAGGGACAACGUGUCUCGCUGAAAUUCAAAGAAUUUAAACUGGAAGGGAGCGCAAAUGGAAAUUGUAGGUAUGACUACGUGGAGAUCAGAGAUGAAAACAACAAAGUGCUAAAGAAAUUAUGUGGUUCAAGCAUCCCCAAGACAAUCACAUCACCUUCUAAUGUCAUGUUUGUGGAUUUCCGAUCAGACCACACCCAGUCCAGAAAAGGAUUCUUAGCUAUGUACUAUAGUGACGAGGACGAAUGUCAAAAACGUAAAGGUGGAUGUCAACACAUCUGCGUCAAUACGAUUGGUAGUUACCGCUGUGCAUGUAAACCAGGUUUUACUUUACACAGCAACAAACACAGCUGUAAGGAAGCAUCAGAGUGCAGCGCCACGUUAACCACCCAGACAGGCUUGAUCAUGUCACCCAACUACCCAGGUGUGUACCAACACAAGAAAGACUGCACAUGGAAGAUCGUGGUCAAACCUGGCAGUCACGUGGAACUGAACUUCAGGUUUUUACAGAUUGAAGAAGCCAACGACUGUCGCUAUGACUACGUCGAGAUCUUUUCAGGGACAGGUGGCCAGGCCGAGAGUAUUGGCCGUGUUUGUGGUAACUCGUUACCAAGCCCUGUAUUGUCAAAGGCACAUAAAUUGAUGAUCAAGUUUCACUCAGACGCUCUGAUAGCUAAACGAGGAUUCAAGGCGAGAUACAACGCUAUAUGUGGUGCUAAAUUAAAUGCCAUCAAUACCGCAAGGACAUUUUAUUCUCAUCCCGCGUAUGGCGACGACGACUAUAGCCCUUCCGUCAAAUGCAGAUGGACUAUCUCCACACGUAACGGCUUCGUCAAGCUCCGCUUCAAGGAAUUCGAGGUGGAAAAGGAGAAAUACUGCAGCUAUGAUGGUGUGACGAUUCGAGAUGGGAGCAACGCCACAUCACCUCUUCUUGGGAAAAUCUGUGGCAACAGCGCGAAGAAUGCCAAACGGGAAUUCUUAUCCACUAGCAACAAGAUGUUUAUCGAGUUCGUCUCAGACCUGACCACUCAGAAGAAAGGAUUCAUCGCUGAAUACGUUCGCGUCAAGAGGAAGGGAAGGAACAGGUCUAAAGAAUAUAAAACAGGAAAAAUAUAAAGAUUGGAAUAAUUUAUAGAAGUAAACAUAUGCAUUUGUCGUAUUAUGUAGCGCCUGAAAAAUCUUGCGUUUUCAGGGCUUUGUUUUCUGCUUCAGUUUUUCUUGGGGAAUUUUUGCUUUUUUACUUUCUGUUGAUUAUAUUUGUGGUAUUUAUUAUAUCUUUACUUUCUUAUGGACAAAAAAAAACUGGUAAAAGUUCAUUCAAGGUCUUUGAAGUUAAAAUAACUGCAAAGGAAAGUCGGGAUAAAUAAAUUUGAAAAUAGUGUUUUUUAAGAAGAUAGAAUAGACAUGAUACUGAAGCAGUUAAGUGUUAUGCCUUGCAGGAUGUUUUUUUACGGAAGAAAUCGCGCGUUUGUUUUCGUUCGGGGUAAUUUUCGCUCUUCAUUUUUCAGGGAUUUUUAGAUCACUUUAUGAAACAACUAUUGUAAUAAAGAAAUGGAAUCUA